UCAGACUCUGUGUUCUGUAAAUACCCCCCUGUUACCCCACAGCUCCUACCCCCGGGGUAGAUCUCAGACUCGGCUUUAUUCUACUGCAUCACACCGAGAACUGCACGGAGAACCGCACGGGAAACCGGAUAUCCGGGGGGUGUGAGGAUCUCAAACAUGUCCUACAGAGAAAACUGGAAAGUCCAGCAGGAGAAGCUGUACGUUAAACACAGAGGUCAUGAAGCCAUGCACGCUGAGAUGGUUCUGAUCCUCCUGGCGACACUGGUGGUGGCUCAGAUUCUACUGGUCCAGUGGAAGCAGAGACACUGCAGAUCGUAUACUCUAGUGACACUGGUGCAGAUGUGGGUGGUGCCUGUGUAUUUCACACUGAAGCUGUACUGGUGGCGUUUCUUGUCCACAUGGAGCAUGUUCUCCAUCAUCACCAGCUACGUGAUCUUCAGAGCCACACGCAGACCUCUGUCAGGGAGAACGCCCAGGAUGGUGUAUAAGUGGUUCCUGUUGAUUUAUAAGAUGAGUUAUGCUGUAGGUCUACUUGGAUACCUCGCCAUCAUGUUCACUUUGUUUGGAUUCAAUGUUUUCUUCAGGAUCCAGGCGGAGGACUCGAUGGAUGUGGGCGUGGUCAUGCUGUUCUAUGGCCUUUAUUAUGGAGUGAUGGGACGUGACUUCGCCGAACUCUGCUCUGAAUACAUGGCGUCUACCAUCGGGUACUACAGUGGAGGAGGAAUGCCGUCCCGCAGUCUGAGCCAUGACGUGUGUGCUGUGUGUGGACAGAAGACGUUGGUGGAUGUGGAUGAAGAGGGUGUGAUUGAGGACACGUUUCAGCUCUCCUGUAAUCACGUAUUUCAUGAGUUCUGUAUUCGGGGCUGGUGCAUUGUGGGUAAGAAGCAGACGUGUCCUUACUGUAAUGAGAAAGUGGACCUGAAGAGGAUGAUGAACAACCCCUGGGAGAAGACACAUGUGCUGUAUGGACAGCUGUUGGACUGGCUCCGGUACCUGGUGGCCUGGCAGCCCAUCAUCAUCGCAGUUGUACAUGGGAUCCAUUUCUCCCUGGGUCUGGAGUGAUGGAGAACAUCUCAGCUUCUUCAUACCCUCAUAUACAGCAGAACACCAACACUGGAGCUCCAUCUGUAAACCACCAUCACCACCACCAUCACUAUCAUCACCAUCAUCACCACCACCAUCACCAAGCUCACCACCAUCACCAAGCUCACCACCACCAUCACCAAGCUCACCACCAUCAUCAUCACCACCA